AUGCGUUUACGGGAUGGCAAUACUGCUGAAGAGAACAAAAGAAUAAAAGAGUUUAGUGACUGGCAACUUGCUGUUGGAGAUACCAUCUCUCCUGGUGAAGUUAAUCAGGAAUCAAAAGUCGAGAUACCUGAUCAGUUUGUUGUCCGUAAUGAAGGUAGGCAUCAAAUUGAGACGCUGUUUGAUAUUGUUUAUAAGGAUUUUGAAAGUAGUAUGAACUCAAAGUCAUAUCUGAGUUCGAGAGCAAUCCUAACUCCUACAAAUGUUUGGGUUGAGGAUAUCAAUACGAGAGUUCUUGAAAAGAUUCCGGAUAUGCCGUGCCUUCCCAAGCACGAUCUGAAAGUCAAGGUUGGCGCGGUUGUUAUGCUGAUGCGCAACUUGAAUCAGAUUUUAGGGUUAUGCAAUGGAACUAGGAUGAUAAUUACAGACUGUAAGAAAAAUAGUAUUGAGUGUGAGAUUCUAUGUGGUUCACAAAUGGGGUCCAGGCACCUCAUACCAAGAAUUGAUAUGAUUCCAAGCGACACUAAUCUUCCAUUUGAUUUUACGAGGACUCAGUUUCCACUACAGUUGUACGUGGCAAUCUCGCGGGUCACAUCCCCGAGUGGACCUCACAUAUUGAUUGAUGAUGACAAUGGAUCCAGCACCAACGUUACAGCGAAUGUUGUCUUCGAGGAGGUUUUUUACAAUCUUCCCAGCUUAAAUGAUUGA